GAGAUUUCAGUUUGUUGGGAGACGAUCGCCGAACGAGACCGUAGCAAAAUAUUUCAUGUCGAGCAGCGACACAGACCAAUCCCUACAAUAUAUACAUAUAGAUUCAUGUGGUACCAGCUGGCAGCGGCAGUUUUGAGUGCGGCAAGACGCGUCAAGUGAAAUCGAAUUAUAUCUGAAACAGUAGCCUCCCGACCAACAGAACGACAACAAAGAUGACGACACAGCAAUUGCUCAAUAAAAAUGUUCGAAAUAUGCCCACAUGGGUGAUGGAAGCAAAUGAUCGUAUUGGACCAAAACCACCGCCCACUCCGCCAAAUGGUGUAGCAGGCAAUGGAGUUGGAGGUCUGCACAAGGCUCCAGCCUUGCCGCCCAAAGUGAAGGGCACACCAGAGCCCGACUAUGAGGUGAUUGAGUUCUCCAAUCAGCAGCAGCAGUACUCCAACGAACCACUAAAAUCCACAGCGAACCGAACAAAGACACCAGACAACAAAUUAAAGUGCACACUGUGCGGCUCCCAGAACCCUUGGGUGACCUGUGCCGAAUGUGCGGGCCAGAUCUUUUGUGCUUCCUGCGACGACAUGUUCCACAAGCAUCCCAAGCGAAAGCAGCACAUGCGAAAGGCCGUCGAGCAGGGCACGCCGCCGAUACCGCCCAAGGUACAGCCAGGUGGUGGGCCGGCAGCUCCGGUGGCGCCACCGCGGCGCAGCAAGCGGGGGCUGCUGACACCGUUCCUGGGACGAAAGGAUCAGAUGCUACCGCCGCCCUCGCCCACACCCUCGCACAAGUCCUCGGUCAGCGGAGCCUGGCGGGGAGCCGCCACUCCGCCCUUUCCUACAGUUGCCACACAGAUGAACAAUCGCCCGCUGCCAGAGCCACCCAGGAGUGAGGGUGGUGGCUCCUCCCGCUCUGGCACACCCAAAUCCGUGUUCGAUGCCAUACAGAGGCCACCGUCGGUGCAGCUGGAGAAGAUCAAGAGCAAGGCGAGUGCCACGUUGGAUCGCAUGGCCAUACUGCAGCAGCGAUAUCGCCAGCAAAAGGCACAGCAGCAGGGCCUGGAUCCAGGCGAUCCGGAUCAGCAUUUGUUGAAUGGAAAUGGCUUCGAGCAUUGGUCAAACAUCUCACCAUCGCCCUCGCAUUUUCGUUGUUCCGGCAGCAUGUCAUCCGGUUUGAAUUCAUCCCAUUUCGAUCUCUCGGAUGAUCUCUCACACAAUUUUCACUCGAAUUCCCUGUUGUUCCAACAACAACAACAACGACAACGACAGGCAGCGGGUGCCCAGCGGCGUCAGAUGAGCACUUCGGUGUUCAAUUUGAACACCGCGACAGCCAACAACCGCAGGCCACUGGCAACACAGAAUGGAGGUGGAGGAGGAGGAGGAGGAGGAGCCGACUGGCUGGCCAGUCAGCGCAUGCAACAGGCCCAAUCCAUGGCUCAGUUGAACUGCGCUGGCUGCCAGCAGAAUCAGCAACGUGGCGCUUGGCCACAUCCCCAUCAACAUCACGAUGAAUGGUCACAGUUUGGAUCCCAGCAGCAGUUCAAUCACUCGAAUCUCUCGCUGAAUGUGGGCCCCGGCUACUUGCCACAGCAGCAGCAGCAUCAUCCACACUAUCCACCGCCUCCUGUGUUCAUGACACAGCGUGGCAUGGUGCCGCACAUGUAUCCCGGCGUGGCACCAGGCGGCUAUCCCAUGAUGCAUCCAGGUGUCAUGGGCAUGCCGCCAUCGACUUCAUCUCGAGCCGCCUCCCGUGCUCGGUAUCCCGCCUCACCCACGCCCAGUCGAAAGUCCAUGUCCAUGCGACGGAAGCGGAGCAGCUACGGGGACGACGAGCUCACAGAUGACGAGGACUCGGACCAGGAUGAUCGCAGAUCUUUGGUGUCGAAUAGAUCGGCCAUGACCAGCGCCUCGCGAUCUCACCAUCAGCAUCAUCAGCAGCAGCGUCAAAGACGUCUGUCGAGCGCCUCGCAGUUUAUUGCCAAUGACGAGGUUGAUGGCGAACAGCGGCACGGAUCGAGGCAGCACAAGAUGAGGGAUCGUCGAGGAUCCAUUGCCAAGUCAGUGCAGAGCGAAUGGUUGCCCGAGAGACGCGACUCCAAUGUCGGCAAUGCCGAGGGGACACUCAAGAGAACGCAGGAACAGCCGCCUGCCCGGACGAGUCGCAUCUACUCCGAUCUGGAGUCAGAGGGUUCGGGCACACGUGCCUUGGUGCAGGCCAAAAUACAGCAGAAACUCCAGGAGGCGGAUCAACACAAGUCAAGCAAGAGAUCGGUACACAAGCGGAAACCGGAAAUGAAGGAUGAGAACACUCAGGCAGCGGCGGUGGUGCAGAAAGUGGUGGUGCCAGCCCCAGAGGAGAGCGCCUCGGAGUACGAGGAAGUGGUGGAAGAAGUCACCGCCUCGGAGAGUGAGCCAGAAGCAGCCACAAGUCCGGAGCAAGUCCAGGCCACACCUGAAGAAAUCGAAGCUGAGGCAGACGACCUGGGGCCGCCACCAUCCACACCGGAUCACGAAUGGGAAUGCGAAUUCUGCACUUUUGUCAACGAACCGAACAUCAAGAUUUGUUCUAUCUGCUGUAAGACGCCCAGCAAGCCACCACAGCCGCCCAAUAAAUCAAACAAGACAGCAGCCAAGCCACAAACUGUAGCCGAGUCCAGUAAGCCAAAGAUUGCCAACAAACCGGAGGCGCAAAUGGUGCGGAGAUCCUCAUUGAAGUCACAGAAGCCAGCCGCCAGUGGAACAAGCACUUCGACAGCCACCAGGACAAGCUCCAGGAGCAGCCCAGCAGCCAUUAGCAAUUCCCAGAGGACCACAUCAACACCCACAAGCCACUCAAAGAGCACCACAUCGGCCACAAGCAACUCUAGAAACUCCACAAGCCACGUCAAGACCUCCACAGUUGCGACAAGCCAGGCCAAGAGCUCUGCAACAUCCACGAACAACUCGAAGAUCUCCACACCACAAAAUCAAGUAAAGCCCAGCCCAAAGUCAACGCUGAAGACUUCAUCGGAAAACGAAUCCGACAACUCGCUGGCCCGGGGCUUCACGCACAAAGAGUCCGUGGAGAACAUUUGGAACACUCUGGAUGAGAGCAUACAGGCCCAGGCGGAGGAAGUCUUCAAGCAGGCACACAGCAAGGAGGUGAUGGAAAUGGGCACCUCGCCGCCACCACAGAGCAUAUCCACACAAACUUACGAUGCUCUUCCGUUUGUCUCUAAGCCGGAGGAACCACCCGUACCAGUGCCAGAGCGCUUUAGGACUCCAGAACCCAGCAACAAAAUGGAACGACGUCCCUACUAUCGCAGCAACUCGCAACUGCCGCAGGAGAACGAACGAUAUCGGAGUGCCAAUGAUCUGAACUAUGGCUUGGAUGCUCUCCUGAACACAGGCCAGGUUACGAGGCGUCCAAACUUUAUAAACGAUCUGCGAAUGCUGCAACAUCAAACUUCUUCACCCUUUGACUUGCCACACGACACAUUCACCAUGAAUAUGAAGCACGAACCAGCCAGAGAUCCCGAGACGGAAAUGCACAUCAUUCUCAAAGAAUUGGAGCUGUACAAAUUCACGGUGGAAGAACUGGAGGCUGCUCUGAAGUAUUGCUCACCGGACACUCAUCCCAUUCAGUGGCUGCGCGAGAACUGGCUAAAGUUGGUCCAGACUGUGCAGAGUUUGUCAACGAAAUAUGGCCAGGAGCGUGGAGAGAAUACCAUUGGCAGCAUCUCACAGAAUGAGGCCAGAGAAGCGCUGCGCAACUCCAGCGGCAAUGUGUGGCAGGCAGUGGCAGAAUGCAUCCAACAGCGGCAGCAAAAGUAUCGCAAACUCGCCUCCAAGGGCAACUUCCUGCGUGAGGACAUUGUGAAUGCGCUGACAGCGCAUCAAGGUAAUGUGGAACAGGCGCUAUUGGAGCUGAAUCGAACACAACUCAAACCAUUUCUAAUGCGCAUCUGGGGAUCGCCGAAUGGCGUAGAGAAUGAGAGUGGAGGUGGAGGUGGAGGUGGAGUGGACACCAAGUCGGAUAUCACUGACUUUCUCAACACUCACGCUUUGGAUUGCCUGCAACAGCCACAGAUACAGAUACAGACACAGCCAUUCGAUUCGCUCUCCAUGACAGACGACAGCCACAGCAGCCCCGCCAAGUCCUCGUAUGCCACGCCUAGUCCCUACCAGCUUGAGGACAGCACACUGAAGAAUCUGGAGAUUCUCAUCGGCAACAUGGAACAGAACCAGGCCAAGCAGAAUCAGGAUGUCCUACGGUCCAUUGAGAGCAUGCUGGAAACGUUCAAGGGCAGGCCGGAGUUGGAGUACGAGACGGAUCCCGAGGUGAUGCGCAUUCUCACCAAGAGUCCCAUUCUCAACGCUCUAAAGCCAACAUCAACAUCAUCCCUGGUGGAGGACAAGUCCUCGGAGGAUGUGAAGAACUUUGUCUGGCAGCAUAUUCAGGAUAUUGUCCCGAACCUUGUUCAGCAGGUGGAACAAGAGCUCAAGGCAGAGCCACAACCAGAGCUUCCCUCUAUGUCAGUUCCAGUGGAGGAACCUUUGGCACAAGAGAAGCCAGAGGAACCCAAACAGGAGCCUCCUGUACCCAAAGUCGAGCCUGUACCCGAGCUAGAGCCUGUGGCUGAACCAAUUGUCGAUCCUGGCGUCUAUAUAAUGGAAGAGUUCAUCAAACCCAACAUUCGGGAAGCCUCCAUACGAGAAGAACUUGCCACAAACUUUAUUUAUGCCACAGAAAUAGCCAACUUCAAGUUGGAGUUUGAUCGUGGCAUGGAAAGGCUGCACGAAGCAGAAUGGGAACGGGAGGACCUAGAGGAUGCGGAGCACAUCGUUUACAAGAGUUAUACAGCUCCCAAAGAGGAGGCAGUACCAAUGGUAGAAGUGGUUCAAGCAGAAGCUACACAAACCCCACAAGAAACUAUAAUUGAGACUCCGAUUAUCCCUGCAAAUACUGAAGAAGUAAAGACAUCUGUGGCUACUGUAGAAAUCAGUCAAAAAGAAGCUUUAACAGAAUCCACAAGUGCAAAAGAGAUCAAAGAAGUUAUAAUUGAUGCUGCUCCAGUAGUUAUCAAGGAGACAUUGGAUGCAACACCCCAAAAGGUCCCAUCAAAACUCAUCGAAUCACAGGCCCAACUGGAUGAUGAACCCAGCACGAGCAGGGAAGCAAAUCGAAGGAACAAACGAUCGCAGCAAGCCAAAAAGGGUCGAGCUCGUGAACAUAGCCAAAAGCCUGUGAACAGAGUUAAACUUCCUACAAAAGAUGCUGAAACUGAGGAGAUCCUGAUAAAUGCUACAACAGCGCAAAUAAAAACUAAGAGUCACAGCCAAGAGGCUCAAAUCGGCGAAGAAAUCGUGGAGAUUCCGCAACCAGCAGAACCUACAGCUGCAGCUGAUACUGGAAAUACUUCUUUUGGAAUCUCCACUGAAAUAAAAACUUCUCCCCAAGUCGAAGUAGUGAAUGAUGAUGAAAUCCUUGCAGAUUCAGAAUCCGUUCUGAUUGAAUCGACUGUGGAUGUGUUACCAACAGAUGCGAGCGAGUCCCUCUCGGUCCACGAAGAAGAAGUUACCACUAUGGAAGAUACAGAAAGAUUUUCCCAAUUGGAGGAGAUUGUACAUAGUGAUGAAGUAUCUCAAUCUAGUGCUGCAGAUGAAACUCAUCCAAGGACAGCAGUAGAGGAGAACUUCGUUUUGGCAGCCCAUUCUCAAACAAAUGCUACACCAGAGGCUACCAUUCAGAGUACCCCAGAGACUUCUCCAAUGCAAGAACCUCUACCUAUUAUGGAUGAACAAUUAAGAACCUCAGCUGCCGAGGAAACCCCAGUUAUUUCUUCAAUUAAAACCGAACAAAAACGUGGCCCAAAACGAUUCUCUAAAAUACCAGUGAGAACUUCCAGCACUCACAGUCUGCGCAGUGAGAGUAGAGCCAGUAAUCAUACACCCACAGCAGCAGAUGGAAUCGACACGGAAGAGGCCAUUUUCAGAGAAGAACAAAUCCAGCAGGAGCAGCUUAAUACCAGAGAGGAAGAUCACAUUGAAAGGGAAGAAACAGAAGAUCAGACUGAGAAUAGAGAGAGCAACGCUGAACCCCCCAAGACAACCCAUUCAGAGCUAGAGAUAACCCCAAUUAGUCCCGUAGAAUCCGAUGAGAUAUUCGAGGAUGCCCCGGAUUUUAGUAGCAGUGAAGGAACUAGACCUCAUGACGAGGAGGCUGCCUCCGAUACGGAGCUCUACAGCAUUGAGGACAGCGAUGAACCCAGGUCCCAGGCAGAGCUGAGAGAGGAAACAAACAAAUCCCCAGAGGAAGUACUCCUGGUGAUUGGGCCGGACUCUCCUGCACAGGAUGUGGCCAACAACAGCAACAUCAGCAUUGACUCGCACUCAAGUCACUCGGAGAGCUCGAGAAUGGUGCUGAAAGAGUUCAUUCCCUCGGGAGAUCCGGCCAAGCAAAACCUCAGCGAACUCGUCUCUGACACUCAGCGUUUGAUCAAGCAAAUGCGCGAUGAGAUCAGCAUGGAUGACUUUGAGUCCACCGAUGAGGAGGAGUACUCCGAGGAGUAUUCGGACGAGUACGACGAGGGCGAGGAGGAGGAAUGGUACGACAGCGAUGGCGAGGAAGAGGGCGACUACGAUGAGGAGGAUGGCACCACAUACAACGAGCACACAUCCUUUGUGGGAGACGCGACUAGCGGGGAGGAAGGCACCGAAAUCGAGGACAUAAUCGAAGAAGAUGAAGAGCAGGAGGAGGAGGAGGAAGACACACACAAUGCGAACAUCCAUGCACCACCAGCCACCGAUCCCUUCCCAUCAGUCACGCCCAUCAGCCAUGAUGCAGCAGAGACUGAGGUUGUUUCAUCCACAGGAAAGAGUCUUCGGAAAGAGUCAAUGUUGCCACAAGCGGAAGCCACAACCUCUGAAAUGACAUCCUCGACAGUAGAGGCCCUGCCCAUACAUGUUCCUCCCAUCAUAGAAGAUUCAGAGAGUCGCCCCGUUGAACCAGCCACUGAAACAGUCCUGGAAAUACCCACAGAAGAAGAGCAUCCAGUAGAAGAACCAACCGUUGCCCUGCCCAUAACACCUGCACCGCCCUUAGUCGAUUCCGAGUCCCGUCCCGUGGAGCUUCCCGUUGAAACCGUGUUGCAAGAGCCCAAAAAGGUAACACCGAAACAAGGGAAAACCACAGCUACAGGAACUGCCAAAUCCACAAUCAGUAAAAUACCCAAACCCACAAAUGAAACCACACCAAGCAACACCACAAACACAGGCAGCAACAAGAAGGUUCCUCUUCGUUCCAAGUCUUUCUCCGCACCCAUGGGCAUAUCCUCAGUAAAACGCAUCCAGCAGGAGUACCUUCAAAAGCAAACCACAACGAGUGCCGCCUCAAGAGUGCCCCUGAAGAGCAGUCCCACGACAAAGAAGUCCAUCAGCGAGGCCAUCAGUAGAUUCAACACAAAGACUACUAGUUCUAUGCUGCCCCUAGAGCUGGGUCCCAGCACGAGUGGCGCGGCGGCGGCGGCUGCAGCGGCACUACUAAAGCCUCGCUCUCAGCCUCGCAUUCCCAAGAAAAAGUACCACGAGACGUGCUUCUCCGAUGAUGAUUACGAGACCUCGGAGAGUGAUGAGGAGGAGGGGGAAAAUGAGGAUUCACAGAUCACGGAACCCUCCGUGAAAGCAGAAAUGUUAAAGCGUAAGCUGAGUAUUCCCGUCUUUCGGGCAUAUCCUAGUGUCCAGGAGCCGGUUAUAGAGGAUCCAGCGGUUCUUGCCCGCAAAUAUGUGGCAGAAGGCACUCUGACGAGCGUUGGUGAGGCUCAGAUAGCUGCCACUUUGGUCAACAUGAAGUUCCAAGAGGAUGUGGCCCUGUGGGCGGCCAGGGAGUGCUCGGACUUGGAUCAGGCUAUAGCCAUGCUGCAACAGGAUUGUGAACUGUGCGCAAACACCUAUCCCAUGAACCAGAUUGUGUCCAUGUUGAAAUGCACCCACAAGUGCUGUAAGCAGUGUGCCAAAAGCUAUUUUACAGUGCAGAUAACCGAUCGCAGUAUCAAUGAUUGCAGCUGCCCCUACUGCAAGCUGCCAGAGCUGAGCAACGAGCAGCAGCACGAGGAUGAGCAUCUGGAGUACUUCUCCAAUCUGGACAUCUUUCUCAAGAGUAUUCUUGACAGCGAUGUGCACGAGCUGUUCCAGCGCAAGCUUCGCGAUCGCACACUGCUGCAGGAUCCCAACUUUAAGUGGUGCAUUCAAUGCUCCUCGGGAUUCUUUGCCCGGCCCAAGCAGAAGCGUCUGAUAUGUCCCGACUGUGGCUCAGUGACCUGCGCCCAGUGCCGCAAGCCCUGGGAGCGACAGCACGAGGGCAGCAGCUGUGAGGCGUAUCUGGAGUGGAGGCGGGAGAACGAUCCGGAGAAGCAGGCACAGGGUGUCCAAGAGCAUUUGGCCCACAACGGCAUUGAUUGUCCCAAGUGCAAGUUUCGCUAUUCGCUGGCCAGAGGCGGCUGCAUGCAUUUCACCUGCACUCAGUGCAAAUUCGAGUUCUGCUAUGGCUGUGCGCGACCCUUCAUGAUGGGUGCCAAGUGCCAGGUGUCCACCUACUGCGCCAAGCUCGGCCUGCACGCUCAUCAUCCGCGCAAUUGUCUCUUCUAUCUGCGCGAUAAGAUCCCCCUGCAGCUGCAGUUUCUGCUCAAGGAACAAAAGGUCACAUUCGACACGGAACCCGUGCAGGUACAGGACGAGUUGAGUAGCUCGACCACAGCCCGAGCCAUGGCACGUUGUCCCGUCCCGCUGCAAAAGGAGACACCCCAAGGGCUGGUGGAUACGGUGUGCAACACCGAGGUGCCCGACAAGCAUGCGGGAAUGUGUCGCACCCACUAUGUAGAGUAUUUAGCUGCCAAGGUGGCCAAGGCCGGCAUCGAUCCGUUGCCAAUUUUCGAUCUAACAGACUGCGUGCAGGAACUGCGUAGGCGUGGGAUUGCUCUGCCCGAACGCGGACCCUGGGACACCGACGAGAUCUACAAGAACAUGUGCUCCGAGGUAAUCAAACAGCAUAUUCCACUGAAGUCGGCCUGAUGAACAUACAAAUUAUGAGCGGAACGCGCGCCCGACUGUUGUUGGCAACUGCUGCAACUCUUCAUUAAUUUUUAUGAUUUAUGGCACACAUUUUUAUACACAUUUUAUAUUGUACGAACAACACACACAUCGGACAUUUUUGACAGCUCGUUAGACUUUAGACACCCACCUACCCACAGACAUAAAUAGAGAAGAGCCUUCCCGUAUUUGUUUAGUUACUAAGCGAUUGAAAACAAGAGAACCCAAACAGAACCCCCAACAAUUAUGCACGUGGAACAAAGUGCAUCCAAUAAACCGAAUCUAUGAGAAUCCCA